AUCCCGCUGAAAUCGAAGCUGAUCCACAACUGCAGUCUCAAAUCAAGCAAUUCCAUGCAGAUCCCCGUUUUAAACCGCCCCACACCUUCGCUCUGGAAGCGCAUUGCACUCCUUCUCGUGACUGUGUUCCUCUUCUGGGCUGCAUUCCAGUUGCAGCCCCAAAGAUCACAACCCAAAAUCGUUCAUGCUGAAAGGUACUCGAAGGAUUUCAAAUACCGCCCAGCAGCGAGUCCUGUAAUCACGGAGCGACUCAAAGAUGGUGUAGUCCGCCUUCGCGGGGCAUAUUUCUAG